AUGUCGACUUUCACGCUAAGUAAAACUCAACAAUUAAAACCUUUAUUGAUCUGUAACGGUUUUUCGUAUGUCAUCGACCAAACAAAGAGUGAAAAAAUUUAUUGGAAAUGUGAAUAUGCAGGUAAAAUGAAAUGUAAAGGUAGAGUCCAUUCUGAUCUUGAAAAAACCAAAUUAACAUUCGAAAAUAAUAAUCACAAUCAUAUGGGAAGUGCUAUAUCUGGUGAACUUCGAAUCUUCAAAGAAAAAAUUAAUGAUCGAGCUACUACCUGUAACGAAAGUACACAAGCUGUUAUUGAUACGUGUUUAACAAACUUAUCUGAUCAUGCUGUUGCUCGCCUUCCAAAUUUCAAACAUAUUAAAAGAAACAUCCAGCACCAACGCGGGAAGAAUGAUUUACCAAGUAUUCCACAGGAUCGAACAUUCGAUCAAAUUCCAGCUACAUUAACAGUAACAAAACGUGAUGAUUUAUUUCUUCAAUAUGAUUCUGGUCCAGGAAAUGAUCGAGUAAUAAUAUUUUCUUCUAUUCAACAAUUAAAAAUUCUAGAAUCUGGAGAACAAUUGCUAGUCGAUGGAACGUUCAAGGUUGUUCCAUCAAUUUUCUAUCAAUUGUAUGCAAUGCAUGUAGUUUAUCGUGAUGCAGUUAUACCAGUUAUUUUUGCUUUAUUACCAAAUAAAACAGAAUCUACUUAUCGUCGUUUAAUUGAAAAGUUAUGUGAAUUAAGUCCAUCAUGGAACCCUCAGUAUUUAAUGAUGGAUUUCGAAAAAGCUACCAUUAAUGUUUUCACGAAUAAGUUUACAACAAACACCAAUUCACCAUUAAUAUCUGGUUGUUUCUUUCAUUUGCAAAAUAGUAUUCAACGUAAAGUUCAGGAAUUUGGAUUCAAAACAAAUUAUGAACAAGAUCCUGAAUUUGCUCAUAAUGUAAAUAAAUUAGCAGCACUUGCUUUUAUUCAUCCAAAUGAUGUUAGUGAAGCCUUUGAAAACCUUCAUAAUUCAUUACCACAAAUUUUAACUCCACUAUUGAAUUAUUUUGAAGAUACUUAUGUUGGACGCUUACGAGCAAAUGGAAGAUCUCAUGCUUUAUUUGAUAUAAACUUCUGGAACAUGCAUCAACGAACAACAGAUCUUUUGAUGAGAACAAAUAAUGCUGCAGAGGCUUGGCAUCGCCGUUUAAACUCUAUUAUUCAGUGCCAACAUCCUACGUUGUGGAAAUUCAUUGAUAGUUUAAAGAAUGAAGAAAAUUAUGUUCAUUGUCAAUUGGUAAAACUGAAUGCUGGUGAACAAGUUGAACGAAACAAGAAAUAUUUAAACUACAGCAAACGUCUUCGUCAUCUUAUUAGACAUCCACUUCCUACGCUUUUGGAACAACUAGAUGGUCUUGCUCAUAAUUUAUGA